GGAGUUUGUGUCAUAUGACCAAAGAGAUCUCCCCUUUUUCUGCAAAAGUCCAAAAUGGCUACAAGAAGUGACCUUGAUGCUCUGGUGGUCCAGGUGGAAGGAUUGGGUCUAGAGGAGAACAAAGCUGGUCAUGGGGCUUAUGGCUGUGUCUUUAGAGUGACGGUGAAUGGAAGAGACUGCAUUGCUAAGAAGGUACACCACAUAUUGCUCCAAGAGCAAUCCCUUGGACAGAGGGAGAGGAUUUUAACAAAUUUCCGUCAUGAGUGUCAUAUUCUGAGCGGUCUGGAUCACCCUAACAUUGUCGGUUUCGUUGGAGUCCAUUACGGCCGCGAUAAGAACGACAUCAGUCUAAUAAUGGAGAGGCUUCAUUCCGACUUGGCCAAAUUCCUUGAAACCCAUCGAGACACGAAUAUCGCCACUAGAAUCCAUAUCCUGUAUGAUGUAUCCAAGGGCCUACACUAUCUCCACUCUCUGACCCCUCCCCUCAUCCAUCGUGACCUCACUGCUCCCAACAUCCUGCUCACUGAGGACCUCACUGCCAAGAUCGGAGACCUGGGUGUCUCCAGGUAUGUUGAUCUGGAGAGAUUGACUCAUGUUCUGACAAACGUCCCGGGAAAUCCAACCUACAUGCCUCCCGAGUGUCAUGUGGAGCCGCCCACCUACACUACCAAGCUGGACAUCUUCUCAUUCGGUCAUCUCAUCAUUCACACUGUUAUUGGUGAUUUCCCUAAAGUCAAGAACGUACCUCAAAGUAUUCGCAACUAUUUCAACUCUAUCAGAGGAAAGGAGGAGCUCAUGCGUCGAAGCACUGCUGUCCAUGGUGACAAAAUGGGGGAGAAACACGCUCUUUAUCCUCUUGUUGUUAGCUGCCUCCAUGACCGACCUCAACAGAGACCAUCAGUUGACGAAGUGAUUGUCUCACUCAGAAAGCUGUGUCUACAGCACCCCAGGAUGGCAUUUGUAGAUGCUUGUGAGACGGGUGAUGUGGGUGUGGUUCUGGAGCUACUGGAGUGUGGGGCUGAUCCCAACCAGGCAGACAAGUAUGGUUGGACUGCUCUUUACUGGGCCAGUAGGAAUGGACAUGAUGAGAUAGUGAGGCUCCUCUUAGCAGCCAAGGCUACAGUCAACACUCAGAUCAAGGAGGGAGAGACUCCUCUUUGGACAGCCAGUUUCUAUGGUCACCAGAAAUGUAUGGAACUCCUAAUCAAUGCUGGGGCCAAUGUUGAUGUACCCAAAGAGACUGGAGCCACUGCGUUGUAUGCAGCUGCUCAGAAUGGUCAUGUGAGGGCAGUGGAAUUGUUGAUUGCUGCGAAUGCUCAAGUUGAAAUUCAAGAGAAGGAUGGUUGGACGGCAUUGCACAUGGCCAGUCACCAGGGUCACUGUGGAGUUGUUAGAAUGUUGUUGGAGGCCAAGGCUGACGUCCAUAUCAAGUCUAAUGACGGACAUACUGCCUAUGAUAUGGCUAGUAGGAAGGGACACACUCAAGUGUGUGAACUACUACACUGACUCUGUACCUUAUUAACUGUACUGUUACCAUGGCAGCUAGCCUCUGAUAGAUACGUAGAUUGCUUUACACUACAUCAUUUUGUCUUUUUUGUCUACAGUUUCACCACAUUUUAUUACAGUUACAUUUGAAUUUUCUUUGAUCAUGUAAAACUUGAAA